AAAACAUUAACAUACGGGUGUUUUAAAUAUGGCUGCGCCCAGUAAAGCAAACAUAGUAUUAUUUCGCACGGAUUCAAGUCUUCUUUCGAAGCCCGUUGAGUAAUUACCUGGCGACAAACAGUAUGGAUGACUAUCGCCAUGAGUUGGCCGGAGUGAAGAAGGAGCUCGCGGAAGUUGAAGGUCAGCUGCAGCUCCUGCUGGACAGACAACAUCAGCUGGCGGAGAGGAGGAGCGACCUUGAGGCCAUCUUGAAACAACAGUCAGAGCAGUCGAACCAGCUGGACGACAAACAAUGGGAGACCAAAGAUUUUGCCUGGUCAAAGGAGUUGGAGGAGAAGAUGCAAUCGGUGUUCGGGAUCCGGGCGCUGCGUCCGAUGCAGCUACAGACGAUGAACGUCAGCAUGUCGGGGAAGGACUGUAUCCUCAUCAUGCCGACUGGCGGUGGCAAGAGUCUUUGUUUCCAGCUCCCAGCUGUUGUAUCAAAAGGUAUAACUCUGGUUGUCUCCCCUCUGGUAUCACUGAUGGAGGACCAGAUGAUGGCCCUAGAACAGUUUGGUGUGGAGGCAGCCAUGUUGAACGCCUCCGCCACCAAAGAACAUGUGAAAUACGUGCAGGACGCCAUGAUCGACAAGAAGGCGACCUUGAAACUAGUGUAUGUGACCCCUGAGAAGUUGGCGAAGAGUAAACGUUUCAUGAACAGGCUAGAGAAGAUGUACCAGCUCGGGCGGUUUGCAAGACUUGUCAUUGACGAGGUCCACUGUUGUUCCCAGUGGGGCCAUGACUUCAGGCCAGACUACAAAUUCCUUGGCAUCAUGAAGCGGCAGUUUCCCGAGGUGCCGAUCCUGGGACUGACGGCUACCGCGACAACGAAGGUGCUGCAAGACGUGAAGAAGAUCCUUGCCAUCCCAAAUUGUCACCUCUUCCGUGCAUCCUUUAACAGACCCAAUCUCUACUAUGAAGUUCGACCUAAGCCAUCAACUCAGAAAGACUCGAUGGAUGAAGUACAGGCCCUCAUCAACUCCAGAUUCAGGGGACAGUCAGGCAUCGUGUACUGUUUCUCCCGGAAGGAUGCUGAGGAGGUUACCAUAGAGAUGCAGAAGCGAGGCAUCAAGGCAGGGUGUUACCAUGGUGACCUGUCUUCCAAAGAGAGGAGCCGUGUGCACAAACUGUGGACAGCCAGUCAGAUUCAUGUUGUGGUAGCAACAGUAGCAUUCGGCAUGGGCAUCGACAAGCCUGACGUGAGGUUCGUCAUCCAUCACUCUCUGAGCAAGUCCAUGGAAAACCUUUACCAAGAGAGUGGGCGAGCAGGAAGAGACGACAAGCUAUCACACUGUAUUGUGUUCUUUCGCUUGGCUGAUGUGUUCCGGCAGAGUACCAUGGUGUUCACGGAACAGACAGGACUGGACAAUCUGUACGGCAUUGUGGGAUACUGUAUUGAUGCCAGCAGAUGUCGGCGGUCGGUGAUUGCCCGGCAUUUUGGUGAGGUGUGGGAAGCGUCUCAGUGUAACAGUAAAUGCGACCACUGUGACCAAGCAAGGUUAGUGACAGCCAACAAACGUGAUGUAACGCGUCAUGGCCAGAACAUCAUGAAGAUUCUAGACCAGGCCGCGUGUACAGACCAGAGAGUCACAGCCAUCAAACUGAUUGAUGCCUUAUAUGGCAAGGGUCAGGGGUCACUGAAGGUGAAAGGCCUUGACACCAUGUCAAUAUCCCGUGACAAGGCGGAGAGGAUUGUGGCCUACAUGCUGCUCCAUGCAUACUUGAAGGAAGAUUUCCACUUCACACCCUACUCCACCAUCAGCUACCUCCUCCCAGGUGCCAAGGCAGGUCAACUUCGAAGUGGAAUCUCAAAAAUGGCAAUGGAAUUCGAGACAAAGGUUGUAAGAACUAACUCCAGCAGCUCUCAAGGGAAGGGGAACAACUCUGCCACACCAUCCUCAUCGGAGGAACCAUCCCCAGCAAAAAAGAAAGAGCUUUCAAAGCCAAAACUGGCAACUAAACUGCAUAUACAACUAUCCCUACGCCCUUCUUCUCAUCCAUGCUUCAAGGUCUAACCCAACACCUGUGUAUUUGAUUAUCUCGAUUAUCAGACGACACAGAUUACAGUGGACGUAACAGCAAAAUAGCGGUGAAAACUACAUGAAAAGAUCACUAAAAAUCAGUAAAAAGGGUAAGCAUGUCAUGUCCUAGCGGUAACAGCUGCCACUCACACAAUUUGCUUAAAAAGUGUUUGUACAUUGCCUUCCAUGGGACGGUUGUCUUAAGCGAACCAGAGAAUUGAUCAGACAGAAAAUCCAGUGACACGAAGAAGAUAAAAACCGAUAUGUUAAUUUUGAAUUACGUCUGCUGUGUACAAGUGCAAACAGUGUGUUUGGAACGCAGCAUGGAUGCAUAGCCACAAUAUUGUUUUUGCUAUGAGUAAAUAAAUUUCUCGGUCAUAUUCAUUUGAUGUUAUUUUUGCCUACUUUUGACUGUCUAGUCAUACCGAACUGUACGUGUUUUGUGGUUUAAGUGACUUUCUCUUAUGAAGAAUCAUGUAUGCAAUUUAAAAUAUAAUCAUAACAGUGCACUCCUUUGGUAUCGAGAACAAUAUUGUAUUCAUAAAUAUUCUUAUUUAUAUGUCAGAUUCUGAAGUUAACAUACCUUAUGUAGUCUUAGAAUGACAUUUAGGAGUGAUGCACAUAAGGAAUAUGCCAAGUUCUUGAUUAUGAGGAACACAACGUUUUGGAAUAUAUACGUACUCCUUCAUAAGGUGAAUUAAUGCUAUGAAGCAGAGGACAUAUACAUGUACCUGCAAGAACAACAAACAUAAUUAAAUAACAAAGGUGAAACCCAACAGUUUUAUACUGUUUAUGUAUAACCUUAGAGCUUGACCUUCAAAGUGACAUUGACCUUCAAAUUUACGUCUUCGGUGGUUUGAAAAACAUUGAUUUUAGGCAUAUCUUUAAUGAUAUCCUAUAUAGGAAAGGUAUUUGCAAACGAUCAAAUGUAUGUGUUGUUUUAAGCUAUUAUUAGUGAAAUUAAAAUGGGAAUAAAAAAUUGCACAUUUUGACAAAAUGGGGGUCGGAUAACAAAUUACCAAUUUUUCAAAAAUUAUAAAAGUUAUGGGAAAUAUAAACACUGCCAUCUCAUCAAAACACGUGUCGGCUCAUUUCGAGAUACCAAAUGGCUUGUUUGAUAAUACCAAUAAUUCAUAGCAGUUCAUUUUCAAAUAAUUGGAAAAUGAAAAUAGAGCGAAAUUUACCACUGUUUUUUGCUAAUUGUUUAACUCAAUUUGUGAGAUGCUAUUAUUAAAACAUAAUAAUAAUUUAAGUCUACUUUGUGUAAACUUUCACAUUAAUGAUAAAAAUAAGGUCUCAAUGCAUACACUACCUUCUUAGGGGACUUUAUUUGAUUUUCUCUGUUUUUACAACAGAAAUGUGCAUUUAGACCCCGAAACAGUAUCUGCGACCAAAACAUUUGACCAGAACCAUAAUUUUCUAAUCGGGUGGAUACAAACAAACCAUAAAGAAAUAUUAAUAAUAAUAGUAAAGAGAGUUUGCUUGGUUCUUCUUAUGGGAAGGGGUAUGUCGGCAGCUUGAGGCUAUGUAGUGAUGAAAUACUCUAUUUAUGUAUCUCAUGACCUGAAAAGUGCCAUUUUCACUCAUGUCUGUGCCACUCAUAAAAAUAUGAAUUUAUCACGCCAUGAG